CGUCACAUUUUGAUCGUUGGCUGGAAUCCGGUUACUGUUGGGCGAGCGCGUCAUUUGAAGAAAUGUCAUCCCAAACUUCAGAAACGAACGCUUCUAAAAGAAGCCUGCGCGAGAAAACGAGGGAGAGCUUCAGAAAGCUACGAAAGGAGAACCGGACCAAGAUCAACCGCUCGAUGGGAACAGCCUUUUACGCGCUCAGGGAGGUGAAGAGCACAGCACGCCAAACCUUGUCCAACGUCAAAUCAGCAGUUGAAAACAUCUCCAACAAAUGCCUGCAGGGCAGGCAAACUCGGACCAGGUAUCGUCUGCCCAAGUCCUACUCUCCGCUGAGGUGUCAGACACCCGUGAAGUUGUACACCCCAUUCGGCAUUGAGACGCCCAGUCCGAGGACUCCCGGCUACAAGAGUGCCAGGAGGCAACGCACACCGAGAAGUUGCACGCCAGGGACACCUGCUCGGAAACUGAAACAAGACUUGCAGGACAUCUCGGACGGAAUUGAGGAGCUGAAUACAGUGGCGGAGAGGAUCUGCAAGAGAGCUUCCAAGUGAUUACGCUACAAACUUCUAGGGCACAAAUACCUGGCUUGCAAGCUGCAUCCACCCCAUGCCAAAUACUUGCAUUUACUGGCUUCUCAUAAUCAUGUGCGCAUCUAUCAUUUCGCAGUGGACUGACCGUACCAGUGCAGCCUGAAUCUCAUACCAGUGGAUCUGUGUAGUGUUGCAAUUGCUUCUUCAGGGUUCUGCUUGCGCUUAUCUGAAGGCAGUUGUGUGUUAUUUUUCCAAUUCAUGCGUAAAUGUUUGUGCACUGUAUGACCAUAAAAAAGAAGCACGUUGGACUCUACCAAAGCUUGCUGCCAGAUGGCAGCAAAUAUUUUUGCGUGCAUCUGUGUGUUGUUGAGAUUCUUUAAAAAAAUAGUGGCAACUGUUUGUGCACGUCGGUGCACUGUUGAGAUUCUUAAAAAGAAUUAUGUAACUAUUUUACCUAUUGACAUUUCAAAAGCUUUUAGGAUUAUAUAAGUGACAAUGUCUCCAUGGCAGCUUUUUUUCUUCUUUUUUUUAAACUUUUUUAACAAGUGAGCAUUUUCGUAUUACGACUACAAUACCAAGUCUUCUGUAAUGACUUGUACUCAACUAAUAAACUAACAUCUCAAAAUGUA